CCUUUCGCUCCUGGGCACGGGUUGCAGCAAGACGUCCCCGACGUGUACCAAACUCACCUGAACGAGUGUCUGCACUGCGGCUGCGGCCUGCCGCAGCAACGUGCCUCGUACGCGGCCACCUCGCACGACUUGACUGGCAGCAAGCAGGUUACCGUGGUUCCGUGGAGGUGCAACAGCAGCGCGUGCGCGGUGACAUACACGCCCAAUCUCUUCAUCGUGGGGGCGCAGAAAAAGAACACCGCUACGAUGGCGGACUUGGAGGCAGCGGGCGCCGUGUUCAUUAGCAGCAAGCGUGAUUUCACCUUGCGGUACGUGAGGCACUACGAGGCGACGCUCUUCCGCUGCCAGGUGUCUGCUCGCGGCGCUCAGUGGGUGCAAGAGGACACAUACGCAGAGGCGGGCGACGACGGGCAUGGCAGAGAAUGGCCAGUCGAUCUGCGGAAAUUGUACUCCGACGCGAUCAUGUACACGCUCGCCGUGCAGGAGCUUGAAACCAUGGGCAAGCACCUUGACGUCCUCGUCGGCGACGAGAUGUCGCACACUAACAUCAAGCCCAAAAGUGCGGGGUCCAUUGAGACACUCAUCGGCGACGGCCACGAGAAGGUCGCAGCGCGUUGCGGUGGGCAGGCGGUCAGCAAGAAACCAGCGGGUGCCCAGAAGACCGCAUCUCGGAAGCCGGCUUCGGGGAGCGUAGUGAAGAGGCGACCCACAGGUGCUUUACCCAAGCCACGGGGGCAGAACACCACAUCUCGGAAGCCAGUUGCUGGGGGUGCCGUGAAGAGGCGGCCCGCAAGCGCACUCCCCAACCCAACCGCAAAGACUCGCAAGAGUCACGUCAAGGGGAAAACGACGAAGGGGCGCCCCGCCGCGAGCGACCACACCGUCAAGGGGGCCAAGCGGAAAGGCCCCCGCUGCGCCCAUCAUGGCAAUGGCUGGUUCAUGAUAUGUACACCGUCCGGGCGCGUGGUGAGCGUGGUGGAACAGCGGGACCACGAGAACAAUGCCGUGGUGCGGGAGAGCCUCGUAAAGGUGCUUGGCCACAACCCCGCGGUGGACUGCUUCGUCUACGACAGGGCUUGCUCCUUCAUGCCUUCCGCGAAAUCCAUGCCAGAGCUCGCCCAGCAGAAGCACUACGUCGUGGAGAAGUGGCACGCCACCAACCACGUCGACGAGUGCCCCUGCAACCCGCACACGGCCCAACGCCUCGGCAGGAGGGUCAAGGACGUGAACACGCUUGCUUGCGAGCAGGGCAACGCCGACUACCUGCCCGACGCGGGGGCCGUGCGGGCCAUGGAGUACAGGCGGCGGGGGCACUAUGACUGCGCGUGA